GUAUGUGUUGCCUCAGUAAUGACCCAUCAGAGAAAAAAACAAGAGCUAGGUGGCCAGUGUUUGCACUUGAACUCACUGAAAGACAUUAGAAUGAGGGGAACUUUUGGCAAAUCCAAAUUUCUCUAGGGUAACUCACUUCUUAUAGUAUUUCGCCUUGAGACUUUUCUGUAUUUCUGUAGAGAUUUUUAAUGCUCUUAAGAGUGCUUAAGGAGAAAAAGAGAAAAAGAUCUUUAAAAAGAAAGUCAUCAAAAUAAGAGAAAAGAAACUCGGUCUUAAAAAAGUUUUAUAUUGAAAGCAAGAGCUUUCUUUUUCCCUCUUCUUUUUCCCUUUUGACUUGUUUCUGAUUUUUUUUUUUUUUUCUGCCUUGAACUCUUUUGUUGCCAUGGGCUGUUGUGUUUGCAUUUUUGUUUUCUGCUUGUACUUUUUAGGGGGUGUCUGUUUUUGAUGUGACCAAAGGGGUUUAUGGAAGAGACAGAGGGGCUCCUGAAGAGGCUCAUAUGAAAACUGCAUCAGCCCCUCUCGAUCCCAACUCAGGCAGCUCCUAUCAGCCAGUCGUGCCGCCAGGAGUAGGGAAAGGUGAUAGCUGUCAUUCUGCGAUUCUUCGUGCAUCUGACCUGAGAGUAACACAUUCACAGUCGAGGAGAAAAGGGAAAAAAAAAUAGAGGAGGAGGAAAGAAAAGCUCUUUGAGCUGGAAUACACUGGCUCUUUCUUCCUGUAGGCAAUCCGCUCCAGUUCUUGGCGACGUGUCCUGCACUAUCAGAUAUCAUAUGACUUUUUAUUUAGAUUCCUUUUCGGAGAAUGGCCUGUUAGGACUCUGUUUGUUUUCUUUUAUUUAAUUUCCCUCUCCCUUCACCCGCUAGUUGUGUGUAUCUGUGUGUGAGAGAGUGUGUGUGCACAUGCAUAUGUGUGUGCAAUUUUUAUCUUUGUUUCUGUUCUGUUCUGAUGCUUUCUUUAAGGACAAAGCUUUAAUUAUUUUAGUAUACUGGUUUAAUCAUUUGCCAAAAAGAAACCUCCUUCUAGGCAUUUUGGGGGGUCCAUUUUUAGACAUGUCCAUUAACACAUGAGGCUAGAGAUCCAAAAUGCUUGCUGGUCCUGAUCGGUGUUUAGCCCACUCCCUCACCUUAAUUUCACCCUCCCCCUCAUCAGUAUGCACAAUAGUUUGAGUUAGGAAACACCUGUGCUGAGUUGAGAGGGAAAUUAAAGUAGAAGCAACUUCUUCAAAUCUGCACUCCUAGUUUCACUUUAAUAAACUUUUUUUUUUUAAUCGGGUUUUUUUUUUUUUUUUUGGCACCCUCUGCUGAGCUUGAAAGUGUCAGAAAUACUGAAGGAUGUGUCUGUGGAGCUUUUCUGAGGCCAGAUGAGCACCCCUGGAAAGUAGAGCAGGGGCUGAAAGUCAUUCAGAGACUUACGUGAGAAAUUUAAAUAAGGUCUAGGAGAUCUAUGGGCCAUGCAGGGUUUGGUGAUAGACGAUAAAAUGGAAUACUUAGGGACACUCAGGAGGAGAAAGAGGAAAAAUUCCCAGCCAGGGGGAACAGGCAUUCCUGCUGCAGUAAUUAGGACUUUAAAACCUGUAUUUGAUCCAAUUUUUAUUUUGUAUAACUCAAAAUUUAACAGAUAUGUGAUUGCCGCCUUCUCCAUGCCUGCUAUGAAAAACAGAGGAAAUAUACUGACAUUAUUCCUGGGUUUCUCCUGUAUUUUUGAUAUAUUUCUUUUUCAGUCUUCAGGAGUUCAGAUUUUAGUUAGCAAAAGUAAAACAUAACUUCUCUAGAUAUGCAAGAGUUGUCUGUGCAUUAUUCUUAUCAAUGCAUAACUUAUGUAUACAUGAUAUAUCCUGUUUGUAUCAAGAUUUUUUUUUUUUUUUGGUAUAGUAACAAACACGACUGGCUUGAAGGUACAGAUGACCAUUAAAUUCUUUAAAUUCAGAGUUUUUAGUUCCUUGUUACUCUUUCCAAAAUUAUUUUUUUAUAGAUCUCCAAUUUCUACUGCCUUAUCUUAGCCCGAGGUGGAUUUUGUUGAAACUUAGAGCAAAUUUUAUUCCACCUCUUUAAGAGUACCCAAAAGGAAAGAGAGAACUGUUUUUCGUUCAACAAAAAAUUUUAGAAGCCCUUUUUUCCCCAGCGGAAAACUCCAAAACAGCUUUGUCUCAGAACGUUAAACUUGGCAUGGAUCAGAAAUGUGAGUUUUGCUUUGUUUGAGGAAAUUUGUUUUUGAAACAACAAUGUUAUAAAUAUUUUUAAAUUGUCUGCUGAGCAUGCGCUGUAUCUGACUUUAUUCAUAGUUUUAAACACACACCAAAGUGCAGUCUUCUGAAUGGCCACAGAUGCAGCCACUCUGUGUUCCCUGCCCCAAUGAACAGCUGCACUAGGCCCAAGCCUUGGAGUGAUUUACCUGAAGAGUGACACCAUUAAUUUGAAAACUACUAUGAGGAAACUGAAGCCCAGAGAGGUGAAGUGAGGUGCCCAAGUGCCACACAGCAAGUUAGAGGCACAGCUAGUACCAUAGCUCAAGUCUCCUGACUCCCAGUCCAGUGCUCCUCCCAUUACUCCACGGGUCCUGUCUCUAAGCUACCUGACAAAUGCUAGAACGGAAGAAACCCAAGACAGCUGAAAACCAGAAGGCAUCUGAGGAGAAUGAGAUUACUCAGCCGGGUGGAUCCAGCGCCAAGCCGGGCCUUCCCUGCCUGAACUUUGAAGCUGUUUUGUCUCCAGGCUCAGCCCUCAUCCACUCAACACAUUCACUGACAAACUCGCACGCUCAUACCGGGUCAUCUGACUGUGACAUCAGUUGCAAGGGGAUGACCGAGCGCAUUCACAGCAUCAACCUUCACAACUUCAGCAAUUCCGUGCUCGAGACCCUCAACGAGCAGCGCAACCGUGGCCACUUCUGUGACGUGACGGUGCGCAUCCACGGGAGCAUGCUGCGCGCACACCGCUGCGUGCUGGCCGCCGGCAGCCCCUUCUUCCAGGACAAGCUGCUGCUGGGCUACAGCGACAUCGAGAUCCCAUCGGUGGUGUCGGUGCAGUCGGUGCAAAAGCUCAUUGACUUCAUGUACAGCGGCGUGCUGCGCGUCUCUCAGUCGGAAGCCCUGCAGAUCCUCACGGCCGCCAGCAUCCUGCAGAUCAAAACGGUCAUCGAUGAGUGCACGCGCAUCGUGUCGCAGAACGUGGGUGAUGUGUUCCCGGGGAUCCAGGACUCAGGCCAGGACACACCACGGGGCACUCCCGAGUCGGGCACCUCGGGCCAGAGCAGCGACACCGAGUCAGGCUACCUGCAGAGCCACCCGCAGCACAGCGUGGACAGGAUCUACUCGGCGCUGUACGCCUGCUCCAUGCAGAACGGCAGCGGCGAGCGCUCCUUCUACAGCGGCGCAGUAGUCAGCCACCACGAGACGGCACUUGGCCUGCCCCGCGACCACCACAUAGAAGACCCCAGCUGGAUCACGCGCAUCCACGAGCGCUCGCAGCAGAUGGAGCGCUACCUGUCCACCACUCCCGAGACCACGCACUGCCGCAAGCAGCCCCGGCCCGUGCGCAUCCAGACCCUGGUGGGCAACAUCCAUAUCAAGCAGGAGAUGGAGGACGACUACGACUACUACGGGCAGCAAAGGGUGCAGAUCCUGGAGCGCAAUGAGUCCGAGGAGUGCACGGAAGACACCGACCAGGCCGAGGGCACCGAGAGUGAGCCCAAGGGCGAAAGCUUCGACUCGGGCGUCAGCUCCUCCAUAGGCACCGAGCCCGACUCCGUGGAGCAGCAGUUUGGGCCCGGGGCGGCGCGGGACAGCCAGGCCGAACCCGCCCAACCUGAGCAGGCCACGGAAGCCCCGGCCGAGGGUGCUCCGCAGCCGCACCAGCUAGAGACCGGUGCCUCCUCCCCUGAAAGAAGCAACGAGGUGGAGAUGGACAACACGGUGAUCACUGUCAGCAACAGCUCCGACAAAAGUGUCCUGCAGCAGCCUUCGGUCAACACGUCCAUCGGGCAGCCAUUGCCAAGUACCCAGCUCUACUUACGCCAGACCGAAACCCUCACCAGCAACUUGAGGAUGCCUCUGACCUUAACCAGCAACACGCAGGUCAUUGGCACAGCCGGUAACACCUACCUGCCGGCCCUCUUCACUACCCAGCCGGCGGGCAGCGGCCCCAAGCCUUUCCUCUUCAGCCUGCCGCAGCCCCUGGCAGGCCAGCAGACCCAGUUUGUGACAGUGUCCCAGCCCGGCUUGUCGACCUUUACUGCACAGCUGCCAGCGCCACAGCCCCUGGCCCCAUCCGCAGGCCACAGCACAGCCAGUGGGCAGGGCGAAAAAAAGCCUUAUGAGUGCACUCUCUGCAACAAGACUUUCACCGCCAAACAGAACUACGUCAAGCACAUGUUCGUACACACAGGUGAGAAGCCCCACCAAUGCAGCAUCUGCUGGCGCUCCUUCUCCUUAAAGGAUUACCUUAUCAAGCACAUGGUGACGCACACAGGAGUGAGGGCGUACCAGUGUAGCAUCUGCAACAAGCGCUUCACCCAGAAGAGCUCCCUCAAUGUGCACAUGCGCCUCCACCGGGGCGAGAAGUCCUAUGAGUGCUACAUCUGCAAAAAGAAGUUCUCCCACAAGACCCUCCUGGAGCGACACGUGGCCCUGCACAGUGCCAGCAAUGGGACCCCUCCUGCGGGCACACCCCCGGGGUCCCGCGCUGGCCCCCCAGGGGUGGUGGCCUGCACGGAGGGGACCACCUAUGUCUGCUCCGUCUGUCCAGCAAAGUUUGACCAAAUCGAGCAGUUCAACGACCACAUGAGGAUGCACGUGUCUGAUGGAUAAGUAGUAUCUUUCUCUCUUUCUUAUGAACAAAACAAAACAACAAAAAAGAAACAAAAAAGCUAUGGCACUAGAAUUUAAGAAAUGUUUUGGUUUCGUUUUUACUUUCUGUUUUCGUUUUUGUUUCAUUUCAUUUUGUACUACAUGAAGAACUGUUUUUUGCCUGCUGGUACAUUACAUUUCCGGAGGCUCAGGGGGAGUAAUAGUUCUCCCAGUCUCCCUUGGAUGGUGGCCUUAAGGCCUGGUAGUGCUUUGGAGGUCCACUGGUUGGAUCUCUAGCUACUGGCCUCUAAAUACAACCCUUCUUUACAAAAAAUCUUUAGAAAAAAAAAAAAGUUAAAAAAAAAAUUUUUUUUUCACUUGUGAAGAGCACUACAAAAAUAUAUAACAAAAUCUAAAAGGCCUACUGUCUUUAAGUACACCGCUUGCAGUGUUUCAGUGGACAUUUUCACAAUUCUGGCCACUUGGACUUCACAGUAACCAUUUCAAACUGUGGAAUAUAUCACUUUCUGGUUGAAAACCCAGAGUGAAGGCCCUGCUCUUUUCCACCUACCAGGUUGUCUGAUUUCCAUAAAAAGGGCUGUGGGGGUGGGAGGGGGUGUAGGUUUGAUGGUGUGGGGAAGACAAAUGGCCGGCUUCUCCCCAAGAUUCUGCUGGGUCCACACACCUUGGCCCACCUCCUCCACACCCCCUUUUCAGCAGAAGCCAGGAAGACUUGGACAAGCAUCAAGCAACAGUGGCUAUCGUAUUUAUUCAGUGUCUUCGCUGAGCUCCAGCCUCAGCACAAUCAAGAGGGACUUUCAUGAAAGGCAGGAAUGCAGAUAAAACAAAGAUAUCAGAGGUUUGCACCUACGUUUCUAGGUACAAGAGAAGGAUUAUUUCCAACAAUCUUUGCAAAAAAAAAAAGUGUCAGGAUAUAUUCUUGUGGAAGAGAAAAAGAAAGAGAAAUGGAGGGUGGGGGGAAUAAUAAAAAGUUCUUGAGGCUUUUUUAAUUCAAAAUUUUAUAGAGGGGCAAAAGUGACAUUUACCAGAUAGAAUGCUGAUUUUUUUAAUAUAUUUACAACAGUAUUUGUGUAAAAAAAAAUACAAAAAAAGUGAUAUUGUUAAAAGUAAUUUUUUUUCAUUUUGGUUUUGCAUACACUGCCACCAAUCCCUUCUCUUUUAUUUCACACACAUAUAUAUAUUUUUUGGUAAGUCAAGACUGUUAAGGUUAGCGAUACUGCUUCCAGAUAGAAAGAAUAAAAGGCAAUUAAAGUUAUAUUUGAAAGAGAGGAAGGAUAUUUUCUUCAUAUUUUUUUAAAUUUUUCUUAAUUUUUAUUAUUUUAAGUAUUGCCUGAGUUGAUGAGGGCCUCUGGCCAGCCCAUCCCUGCUGUAAUUUGAACUGCUGCUUUGUAUUUUGAUAUGUAGUUUUUCAACUUUUAGCAAGCUUAUGUUGCUCCACUGAAUAUUUUUUUCACCAAUUCAUCUAGAAUUCUGUUCUUUUUCACGGGAGGGACUUUAUCUUUCAGAAACAGAUUUCUUGCUUCUCUGAAAGUUUCAUUGAGAUCUUGUGAUUCUAGAAUUUCUAUUGACUUCACCUUUUUUCUCUGAUGAAACACUAGCACUCUAGAGGUCUUGACAAAGGGGUCCUUUCCUUUUGUGGUCAGCCAGGAGGAGGAGUUCACGACACUCUGCUGUCCCUCCUCACCCUUCACAACUAUAGAGAGCGGCAUUAGCAGAAGCCUGUUGCAGAUCAGGAUGCCUCAAUGCCACAGUCACUUUCUUCCUUUCAAAGAUCAGCUCUGUUCCCACCCUGGUUGAGAGGGCUAAAUAAGAUGAUUAUUCUUUAGAUACCUUAUCAAUCCUUGCUUGUUGGUAAGGUUUUAAAGAAACUAACAAAAAUCUCCCAGAUGCGCAACAUCCAUCAUCUGGAAGACCAAUUCAUUGCAUCAUCUUAGAUGCCACUCUCUCUUCCUAGUUGAGAUUUCUCUCCUCGGUCCUGAUCAAGGUAUCAGAAUAGAGAUUUUCCCAUUAUAGACAGUGUUCUAAAGGGAUUCCAACUCAAACAUAGGAAUUCUUAAACCUUAUAAAAACUCCAAAGGUGAUUUCACUGCUGGGCAUAUUUUAAUAUAUGUAAGUGGGAAAGUAAAUCUUUAAACAAAGCAGAAACACUAAACUAUAGUUUAAAAAAAAAAAAAAAGAAGGAAAAGUGUAUCUCAGUUUCAAAAUUACUUUGCAUUUUCAUUUAAUUUUCCUAUCAGCAAUUUAUUUAUUAAAAAAAAACAAAAACAAAAACCUGUGCAACAAAUGGGGAGAAAUCUUCCAAGGGAAGCAACUGUAUAAUAGCUAAAUUGGUUUUACUCGUCAUUUUAGAAUUGGUUAACUAGUAUCUUUUCUAUAAGUUUUUGCUGAUAAUUAGUAAGGUUAGUGCAACUGGCGUAUAUGUGAGUUUGAUUUGGUCCUGUGGUCCUUAAUUCAGUAAAUAUUUUACUAGAAAUUUUAAUGUAGCCAUGGAUGAUUAACUGACCUUUAAGUAUUACCCAUUGUGAUUUCUAAGAGGAGUCCUACCACAAACUAUGUAUCCAAAACUGACCUGUUUUAAAAGCUGGUGGAAAAUAGCUUCAGAAAUAAGAAAAAGUCCAUUUUCUUUUGCUAAUUGUGCUUUUUGAAGUAGCUAUCUUAGACUCCAGUAUUUCCACCUACUACCAACAGAGGGAGCAUUAGUUAAUUAACCAUAUCAUAGAAUUUUAAUAUUUUGAAAAACAAGUCGUUAAACCCAUGAUGUAACACAGAAAAAAAAAAUUGACAUUAAAAAAGAUCUUUGUAAUCUAAAGGAAAAUGACAUGAAAUCACUCAGCAUAUGUUACAAAUGGAAGAAAGUCAAGAGCCACUUUAAAAUAUUUUGAAUUAUUUGACAGUUGCUGGUUUAAAAUGGUGUCCUUACUCAAAUCUUAGCAAAGUAGACAACAUUAUAGGACCCCCCAGAAACUUGAUCCUGAUGCCAGUAUGGACCACAUUCAGCUAUCUGCUUCUCAAAUCUGAGAGAGACCCAUUUGCCUUAAUGCUGGUUUGUCACAUAAAAAAAAACUGAGCAAUUGGGUUAAAAUUUACCUUUUGUUCUAGAACAUGUAAGAGAAAAAAAUUCCAGUUGAGUUUAAACCCUAAUAUUCAUCCUUCCCCUUCAAAUGAAGUAUUUCUCUGUUUUUUAAAUGUUGAAGGACCCCUGAAGAAUUCCUAAUGAGGUAAUAAUUUUAAUGAUAUGUGCUAUCCAGUAGGCUUUUUCUUACUGUAUGCAUAUUCCUCCCAGACAUCUCAUAGUCCAAAAUAGUUGACAGAUUGUCCUCUGGAGAAAGGAAGACGCUAGACUGAAGUUGGAGAUGUAAGUGUGGGGAGCAGUGAACUUGCUGUGGGGUUGUUACUCCAUACUCUGGUCUCUGAAAGAGCUGCUUUCCGAACUGACCUACAUUUGGGGAAAUAAACAAAGUCUGUACCUGUUUCAAAAGGAUAAAGGAACUUUUAGUUUAUCAAUCCUUCCUUUUAAAUUAAAUAAUCAUCAACAUCUUAGGAAAGGGUAAAACUUUUGCUUUGAGAAUAGAAGAUGAGCAUGGAUUCUUUUUUAUUUUCUAGUUUCAAAUCCAACAAUCUUCUUACAUUUUGAACAUCAUGCUAGGAUGUUAUGAGUGCUUUUAAAAAAGAAAAUUUUCAGUAGCCAGGGAAAAAAAAAUAGAUGUAAUGGGAUCAAAUGUUCCAGAUAUAAGACCUCUUAGGAUAAGUACAGGGAACAAGAACUGGUAUGGAAAAGUACCUUUUUUUUUUUAAGCAAUUUAGGAUUUAAAACUGGAUUAGCUGGACAAGGGAAAGGAGAAAAGUCAAAGGGGAAUGUUUAUCUCAAGACAUUUAGAUGUAGUUUAUGAAAAAUAAAACGUCCUAGCCCUAAAACAUCAGUAGCAUCUUAACAGAGCUGGCAAUUUUGUCCCUAUUAAUAUAAUAAAUGCUAAUAAUUGUACCUACCCCCCUAACUCCCAGGAAGUAAAAUAGAACCCAAAAAAGGGAAGAAAUUGGGACACAUGGACCUGAUACAAAUCUACACAGGGGAAAAGGUUGAGAAACAAGCCAGGCCAAAAAGGAAUCUGAAAUGAAAAUCUCUAUAUCAAAAUAUUUCUUACUAUAUAGUUUGAAUUAUAAACUUUAGCUUUUAAUACAACUUUAUAGACUUUUUCUUCCCCAAAUCCCUAAUGCUCUAAAUUUGUUUGUGCCGUGAGUAAGUGUCAUGGAUAAUUUCCUGCUGUUGUUCAGGCUGAAGCCCAUUUCUACCUAGGCAUCUCGGAGGUCACAGUAGCUCCUGGCCUUAGAAAGACUUGAAUUUUCUUUGUUUAAAAGUCACAAGGUUUUGUUUUGUAUCAGCCCAACAUUCUAUAAGGACCAAGAAAACGUCUAACUCAUGAACAGUUAGAAUGCGUGAAUUGUGAUAUGAAAAGAGAAAGUUUCUUCUGGGUGUGUUAGUUUCACACUGGUCCUAAAGACUUCCUAUACCCCCAUCAUCCAAGUACACCAACAGUAUGUGCAAAGGAGGAGUAGGCACCACCUGAGAUGCCCUUGGAAUUUAGGAGAAGAGAGGGGGUGCCCUGUCUGUUGUGACCUGACUUAAAAGACAUUGUAUGAAAGAAUUAUUUUUAAUGUAGUCAUGAGUUGAAGUCCAGGGACCUGGGAGCCAUGGGGAAGAGAACAGAAGGUUUGCAAAAUGUAUUCAGCACCCAAUAAUGCAAAGCCAGAAAGCAUCCAAUCACAAAACUAGGAAGUUUGGCAAGAUGUAUUUAGAGAAAGCUCUGGGCUUUUCCACAGGUAGGGUCAACAGACUUUCUUUUGAGUGAUUUCUGGCUCUGAGAAACCUCUUUACUUACUAUAAAAGAACUUUAUUUAAAUGGCCAAUUUUGUCCCCCAGAGAAAGAUUUUAUAAAGAGAAAAACAGGACACUAAAGACACAACCAUGUGACUUGGUGUCAAACAAAAGGAAGGGGCCACCAGAAUUUCAAUAGACUCCCUGAUUCCACAGAAGAGCCAGGCAACCCAGUGCCCCUCGGUGCCUAGUGUGUGAAGAGGGUGCUUGAGCCGCACCAGGCUCCUCGAGGCCAAAUGCGACCUUGCAGUCGGGCGGCCGCAGCUGCUUCCCCUUCUGUGUUCUCGCAGAGAAAGGGGCUCUUCUCCUAGGUGCCCAGGAAAUAGAUGGCACGGGGCAAACUUUCAAAACAAUCUCUGCCUUGGUGCUCAGGCUGCAAAUGGAGACAAAAAAGGGGCACAGAGGAGCUCUUGCUCUGGAGAGAACAUUCCCAACAGCUGUUUGUGCAGAGUUGCCAUUUGUGAUGCUGCAUCAACCUCCCCAGGAAGGAAAGCUGUGUGACUUGGUGUCCCUGUAAACACAGAGCUUGGAAACCAAUAACCCAAAGCAUCAUUUCUAGUACUAGAUACUCAAGUGAUUAACCUGACCAAAACACCCCAAAGAUCUUCCUCAGUCUCUGCAUAUCUACAGAACACUGACUCUGUAGCAGUCAGUGGUGCACGUUGAUAGAUCCCAGGAAAUGGUGUGAACACUAGGGUCUGUUUGGAUUCUUUUUAGGGUGAAGAGGUAGAAGAUGAGGGCUGCACAGCAUGGGUCCCUUUUCAACUAUGUAUUUCACUGAAUGAGGGGUAGAAAUGCCCUGUGUUGAAACAAGAAACAUCAUUUUUCCACACUGCUGACCAAAAAUGCCUGGAUUCCAGUGGUUCUUCAGGUCCAGCCUAUUGCUCCAAAAACUGAAUAAUUUCAGACUAAAUCUAAUCUGAAGUGACCUCAGUUAAGGUAUUUUCACAGGAAGCCACUUAUAGUAAAGAAUUACUGCCUUAAAUCAGAAAGCCCAGGGAAGAGAACAGAAAUAGAGAGAUUGGAAGGGUAUGAAGACGUGGCCCUUUCUUGCCUUUUAAUGGUUGCAUUAUUGCAAAACUGAGCCCCAUUCAUGACUGAAGACUAUGGAAACAGUGACUUUACAGGGAGGCACCAAACUUGUACGGAACUGGCUGCUUUCAGGAAUGGCUGCUAUUUCUUAUCGUAUUUCAGUGACAUACGUCUGGGCUGGAUGCAAAAUAGACAUCCUAUUAGCUAAAUAGUGAGUCCCAUGAAACAUGAUCACAGGUGCCUAAGAUGCUAGUUGAAUCAUUUCCUUAGCAGGGAGAACUAUCUCAACAAAAAGCUUUCUCUUCCUGUACAGUGUAUAUCGCUAAACUUUUUUUUUUCUCAGUUUCAGUGAGCAUCUGGUUUAUCUGGUGGCUUUUUGUUUAAAUGCAAACUCACAACUUUCAAAUCUUCAAUGAAGAAGCACAAUCUGCAGAUUGUAGGGAAAAUCUAGCCACAGUUAUUGGAGUCCUGGCUUUUGCGAUACCUAAUUAGAGUGUAAAAAGUCCCUAACUAGCCCUCUUUCAAAUUCAGUGGUUUCCUUGAUUCAAAAUGCUUCAAUGAGAUUCUAAUACACCCAAGACAGAAAAAAAAAAAAAAAAUAACCCCCUAGGAGACAUCUGUUUCUACUACUGUUGCAACAGAAGUUUGUUAUUGCCCGGCAAAACCAUUGCAAUUUAUAUGUAGAUUCUAGUAAUGAAAGGGACUUAACCCAUCUAGUAUGUCACAGCUGCUGUCCAAAAUGUCUGUAAAUGAGUAUACAUUAUGCAUGUACACACGCAGUGUGAGGUGCUCUCAGUAUAAAACUGUUCCACAUUCAUAUUCCCCAGUGACAACAAGAUAGAGUCUGGAAUUUCUAGUUAGAGGUCUCACGUAUCUCAUGCUUCUGCUCUGUUGCCUUAGUUGGAUGCAUUAGUGCUGUCCACUGUCUGUAAUGAGGCUUUAGGAGAUUCUGAAGGAGCCCAACCAUCAGUAGUUUCUGUAUACCCCUUUCAUGAGAAACUUGAAUAUGCUUGUAUGAAGUAGAGUGCACUUAACCAACUGCGCUUCUAUGGGGUUUAUUGACGUGUGUGUGGACAUGUGUCUUUGCAUGUGUGCUUGCUGUAGUCUGGUCAUGUGUGCAUCUCAAACAAAGCACACAUAGGCACAGGUCCUGGUGCAUAGAUACCGUUGCCUCUUCCCACCACUGCACUCAAGGCUGGUGGCUCCCUUCCCAGGAACCAGUCACCUGCCCACUCUGUUGCUUUUUGCAGCAUUUCAGAGUUAGGAGAAACAAAGGCAGCUUGUUGGAUCCACAGCGAACCCACAGUGACAGGCUGCUCUCCUCCAGAAGAAGGUAGAACAGAUGUCCUCCACUGGCAAGUAGACAACAGGGAACAGCAGUCUGGGGCACCCCCUCUUGCCCAGGUUUCCUGUGGAGGAGGGGCACUGGGGCCAGGCAGGCAAGGCCCAUACAGACUUUGGCCUGAGCCCUUCUGUGGCUCAAAGUCCUCCAUUCCUUUCCUCUAUGCAACCCAGUGUAUGCGCACAAACACCCACCCACUUGUGAAUUUGACUCCCAGACUAAAGCUUCCUUAAUCCUGCCUGCAUCUGCAGGAAACCAUCAUCAUUCAUAAACUGUGUCUCCUGAAACCAGUGUGGCCUUUGCCGAAGUCUUUCCAGGAGUGGGUUGUUUACCAUGUCUAGCAGACCAAUAGACUCUCAGAAGAAUCUUUUUUGGUAAUCUCUAAGAAUUGACGGCUCUUGCCCAUCUCAAACAUUAAAGUAGAAUGCGCUUUAGUGGACUCUUCUGAACCAACAGACCUGGCUCUCACAGCUGACUUUGAAGGGUGGCCUGGAAACAGUCGAAUUCAGUUUUCUCCAUUCCCAUGCCUUUCUUUUAUUAGGUGACUUCUUAUUUUUUAUGACAUGUGGAUUAUUUCUGCUCACAGAAUUCAGAGGACAUUUUCUUUCCUCUUCUAUUUUGGUGACUCUCCCCCUCUCCCAUUAAGUAAGGCUAUUUACAGUUGCAAUCUUUUUUGUUGUUAUUAUUUUUUUAAAUGUAUAUUGUCUUUCUAUAUCCAAAAGAAGUCUGUGACUGUAACCAUAGGUGUUUCUUUUUACUGGAAAAAAAAAUGAUUUUUUUUUUUUUUAAUUAACAGUACUAGUGACUUCGUGGAAGAAUAUGAGUUACUAUUUAGGUAUGCUUACUUAAGUACAGUACACUACAUUGCAGUAUUUCUGAAAGCUAGAACAUACACAUUAUAUAUAACAACUCUAUAUUGAAAUAUAUAUUACAUUAUAUUCAUUUUUCCUUUUGAAUCUGCCUACAAUCACAAGUUGAUUGAAAUAUUAUUUCUUCACAUUUAUCACCCAUCACCAACCUGCUGCAGUUAAUCUGGUGCAUUUAAUAAUAAUCAUUACUGCUCUAGUUUGCUUUUUAUAUUAUCAGCUUCAGUAUUGUCUUUACAGGAUUUAAAUUUUUUUUUUUAAGCUCGGACUUAGCAAGUGUAGGAAAGUGAAAACUUUGUUAAGAAAACAUUUUUUUGGUAUGGUUGACACAAAGAGUUUCAUAGUCACAGUGAUCUUGUUUAGCUGACCCUCUCAAUAUCUGAAGAACAAAAGAAGUGUAUAUGAAUGUAUCUGUGAUUUUCCCCUCUAGGACUGUCACUGUCUAUAUUUGCUUUUAAAAAUAUGACCAAGGGGCCACUUAACCUCCAUAUGAUCUGGCCAACAGUUACAGGCUGCAUUUCAAAGGGCUGCUCAUCUGAGAAGCAGAGGCAGUUAAAUGCCUAGUUGUCCCAACUGUAUUUUCAAAUACUGAUUUUUAAUACUUGUUCUUUACUGACUACUUUCUGUUUUCAGUAUGCCUACAAUUAUUUUAACUUGUCUUCUGUGCUUCCCUGGAGGCAGCUUAGCAAUAUAAUAUUCAUUUUCCUAGGAGUUUUGUUUUUUUUU